UUUUUUUAAAAAAAAAUAACUUCCUUCUCUUGAGAGAGGAAGCAUCUAACAUCUUGGUUUUUUUUUUACAAAAUAAUUUCUUUGUAUUAUAUUUAUUUAAUUUUUUUCAUUAUUUAUCUUGAAAAUUAACAUUACCCUUUUUUCAAUAUGACAACAUCUCAACCACCAAAUACAAAUCCUUCAAGAGUGAUACCUUUGACAUGCUCAGGGCAUACACGACCUGUGGUUCAUUUACAAUUUUCACCCAUCACUGAUGGAACCUAUUAUUUGAUAAGUGCUUGUAAAGAUGGAAAUCCUAUGCUUCGAGAUGGCCCAACGGGCGAUUGGAUAGGUACUUUUACGGGCCAUAAAGGAGCAGUCUGGAGUGCAAAACUAAGCAAAGAUGCAUCUAAAGCUGUGACAGCAUCAGCCGAUUUUACCGCUAAAGUAUGGGAUACUUACACUGGAGAUAUCCUUCAUUCAUUCACGCAUGAUCAUAUUGUUCGUUCAGCGGACCUUUCAGAUGAUGGAACACGCAUUGUAUCUGGUGGACAAGAAAAGAAACUCAGAAUAUUUGACUUAAAUAAACCAGAUGAUCCAGCUUCUGAAGCAGAAGGUCAUGAGUCUACUAUUAAAAGUGUUAUUUGGGACGGUGAAAGAAACGUCAUAUUGAGUGCAGGGGAUGAUAAAGAAAUUCGCGUUUGGGACGUUCGUAAUUUUGAUCAAAUAAAUACUUUUAAGACUGAACACCCUAUUACUAGUAUGGAGCUUUCUGCUAAUGGAAAAUAUAUUACAUCAACAGCUGGCAAAGUUGUUCACUUUCUAGAUGCUUCAACUUAUCAAGUUUUUAAAUCAGUUCCAACUGCUUAUGAUGUAUCUUCAGUAUCUUUACAUCCUGAUCACAAAAGAUUUGUGGCAGGUGGUAGUAAUGACUUAUGGGUGAGAAUUUAUGAUUUUGAGAGUGGUAAAGAACUUGAGGUAUAUAAGGGUCAUCAUGGUCCAAUUCACACAGUAAGUUAUAGCCCUGAUGGCGAAAUCUAUGCUACCGGUUCAGAGGAUGGUACUAUAAGACUGUGGCAGACAACACCUGGAAAGAGUUAUGGUCUUUGGCAAAAUAAAGCAUCUAAAGAUGAAAAAGAAAAUGAUGUAAAUGGCAUUGCUCCAACAGAAUAAUAAACAAUAAGAUGGAUAUUAUAAAAAAAAAAAAAAUAAGAUCCUUGUAAUUUACAUUUUUUUUUGUUUUUGUGUAUACCAGUUUAUUAUUACUAUUAUACUUAUUAUCUUAUCACUACUCUCAAUUUCGAAUAUAAUUGAACGAAAUAAUUGAAUAAAAAGAGUAAAAGUAAACAAGAAAAAAAAGGAUAUUUCCCCCAAAAAAAA